UGGAUGGAUUGGUUAUCAGAUCAAAAAUAGUCUCUCCUGGAUACUGGUUUUACAGGAUUGCAUGCAGCAUGCACUGUUGGGAAAUUAAUUUGAAACAGAGUUUUUAAGGGAUUAACAUGUGAAGGUUAUUGGUGACCAUGAAAAAUGUCAAGAAACAUUGUCCUUCCAAUGAAAUUUGAUGGGGACCAAUGGAAAAAAAAUAAUGUUACUCCCACUUUAUCAUCUACUAUAUAAGCAUGGUUAAACUAGUGGAUCUAUAAGACUCUUAACAGAUAUCUUGAACUCACCAUCCUCCACUGGUUCAGUAAUGGCUCCUACUACAAGACUAGUUGUUCCCAUCGACCUGACAAAGAAGCCAUGGGAACAGAAGGUACCUCUUCACAACCGAUGGCACCCAGACAUUCCCCCUGUUGAAGGGAUUACAGAAGGUGAGAUGUUCAGAGUUGAGAUGGUUGACUGGAUUGGAGGAGCCAUUGGAGAUAAUGACACUGCCCUUGAUUUAAAAGCCAUAAAUCUCAAUGAAGGGCACUAUCUCAGUGGACCCUUUCGAAUAGUGGACAAAAACGGCGUGACGGCUAAACCAGGCGAUCUUCUUUCAGUUGAAAUCCUCAAGUUAGGUCCUCUUCCUGGAUCUGAAUGGGGUUAUACAGGAUCACUUGACAGAGAACAUGGUGGUAGUUUUCUGACAGACCAUUUCCCUGCUGCAACCAAAGCUAUUUGGCAUUUUGAAGGGAUAUAUGCUCACUCUCCUCAGAUACCAGGUGUGCGAUUUGCUGGUAUAACUCACCCUGGAAUUGUUGGCACCGCACCAUCAAUGGAGCUCCUAAACAUAUGGAAUGAAAGGGAAGGAGAACUUGAAGUAAAAGGCCACAAGAGUUUGACAUUGUCUGAGCACCUGCACCAACGACCAUUCGCAUGCCUGCCAACACCAGAAGGCUGUCUUCUUGGAAAGGUCCAAGAGGGGACACCUGAAUGGGAAAAAAUUUCCAAGGAGGCUGCAAGAACAAUUCCUGGAAGAGAAAAUGGAGGAAAUUGUGACAUCAAGAAUCUCAGCACAGGUUCAAAGGUAUACCUUCCAGUAUUUGUAGAUGGAGCAAAUCUUAGCACGGGUGACAUGCACUUCUCUCAGGGUGAUGGUGAAGUCUCAUUCUGUGGAGCAAUAGAGAUGAAUGGAUUCCUAGAGCUCAAGUGUGAAAUCAUAAGGGGUGGAAUGCGAGAGUACCUGACACCUAUGGGUCCAACUCCUCUUCAUGUAAACCCAAUCUUUGAGAUUGGCCCAAUUGAACCAAGGUUCUCAGAAUGGUUGGUAUUUGAGGGUGUCAGUGUAGAUGAGUCUGGGAAGCAACAUUACCUUGAUACAACUAUCGCAUUCAAGCGUGCAGUUCUCAAUUGCAUUGACUACAUCUCUAAAUUUGGAUACACCAAAGAACAGGUCUAUCUUUUGCUAUCAGCCUGCCCCUGCGAAGCAAGAAUUGCAGGAAUAGUUGAUGCUCCCAAUGCUUGUGUAACUCUUGCAAUUCCAACAGCAAUAUUUGACCAGGAUAUUCGCCCCAAACCUAGGAAAGUACCAGUGGGACCUCGGGUGGUGAGGAAACCAGAUGUCUUUAAGUGCACUUAUGAUGGAAACUUGCCCAUUACAAAGAACCUCGGUGCCACGUAUUAGUCACUAUCAGAGGAACCAAGAGCUACAAGAAGCCUUGAUACUUGAGUGCUUGUUUCAUACAGAAUCUAUGUUCAUAAAAGAGGAUUUGCAGCAUCUUUAGCUUGCAAAAGCCAUACUUGUGCCACACAUAAAUGCAAUUAUGCAUUAUUGGUAAUAAAAAUAAAAUAUUGUAAGCUUUUUAAUGUUGAGA